AUGUGUAGGGGUUGUCCCCCUAUCAUUCUUGGCGGUCUUACCUUAUCCUAUCCUCGCAACGUCAGGGGAUUGCCUCCUCGGUUGCAGAGCCCUGGAUGUGUAGGGGUUGUCCCCCUAUCAUUCUUGGCGGUCUUAUCCUUAUCCUAUCCUCGCAACGUCAGGGGAUUGCCUCCUCGGUUGCAGAGCCCUGGAUGUGUAGGGGUUGUCCCCCUAUCAUUCUUGGCGGUCUUACCUUAUCCUAUCCUCGCAACGUCAGGGGAUUGCCUCCUCGGUUGCAGAGCCCUGGAUGUGUAG